GCGACACAGACGUUUCGUUGAUUUUGAUUCAAACAAAAGCGCUUAAAUCGGAUAGUUACUUGCAGAUUAUUGAAUAAAAUUGUGUACUCGUACAAGGUGUAUUUAGCCAAUCUACCGAGUGAGCGAACGAAGUUAGUGAGCUUUUUUCAGUUUUGUUAAUUGAAAAAUUUUUUAAUUCACUAGUGAUUUUGAGUUUGAAAAUAAUUAGACGAGCUAUUUCUCCGGUGAGCGCUCAAUUUUGAACACCUAAACAUGAAGCAAACCAUCGAACAAUUGGCCGAUGCCGAGCUAACGGAAAACAUGCUGAAGAUUGCGAAACGCGAACUGCGUGAAGAGAAAUGCUCGCGAGAACAAAGUCUGGAACAAAUGCGCAACUGGGUACUUAAACACGAAGACUUACGAAAUGUACGACUCGACGAUCAAUUUCUACUACGUUUCCUACGUUGCAAGAAGUUCAGCGUGCCUAUGGCCCAGCAGACACUACUCAAAUACCUGAAUGUACGACGCACUUUCCCGCAUAUGAGCACACAGUUGGACUUUCUAGAUCAAAAGUUGAAUGACAUUAUCAGCAGCGGCUACAUCUUCGCCUCGCCGAAUCGUGACAAACACGGACGUCGUGUUGUGGUCAUCAAUGCCAAAGGCUUCAAUCCAAAGAUCUACAACAGCAGCGAUCAAGCGCGUGCACAUUUUCUCACCUACGAGUGUCUCAUGGAAGAUCAAGCGACACAAAUUUGCGGACUUGUGCACGUCGGUGACUUUUCCGGCGUCACCACAACACACGUCACCAAUUGGAAUCCAACCGAAUUUGCGCGCGUCUUCAAGUGGAGCGAACAAUCGCUACCGCUGCGACACAAAGAAAUCCACUUGGUCAAUGUGCCAGCGACGCUGAAAUGGUUAAUCGAUUUCGUAAAGGGACGUGUCAGUUCGAAAAUACGUAAUCGCCUCACGCUCUACACACAAGACAAGGAAUUGGCAAAACAUGUUGAUUCAGCUUGCCUGCCACAAGAAUUGGGCGGUCAAAUGCCGCUUAAAGCGAUAGUUGAACUGUGGAAGGCGGAAUUGCUCGCCAAGCGUGAAACUAUACUCAACUUGGAUAAGAUAGCGCUCUUAAGCGAUCGCGGCAUCUUGCGCAAAAGUAAUUACAGUAGCGAAAAAAGCAGUAAUGGCAUGAAUUUCGUGUCGCAGAUCGAGUCGAUUGAGGGCAGUUUUCGAAAACUGGAGUUUGAUUAAGCCUCAAAGGGAAGUGGAAUAUAGGUUGCAAAACGAAAGAGGUGAUGUCGUAGACGUUUGAGCCAAGCUCACAGGUGCUGUGUUGAUGUGCGUGUUGUGUUAAUUUACAUUACUUAAUGUUUAAGUUUAAGAGUUUUCCAAGAGGAAACAAUUA